AUGAACGGCGAUUCCGUCGCCAGGGUUGACGGAGGCGGCACGGCGGCGGAGGCCAACGCGGCGGCGGCAGAGGAAGCGGAAACACUUGACAUUAGCCAAUCCAAGGGCGUGAGCGUGAAGCAGCUGACGCUGCUCGACAGCAAGGAAUUCCACAUGUCCAUCUUCGACUGCAGCGGUGUGACGGUCCAAGGCGUCCGGAUCAUCGCGCCGUCUAACAGCCCCAACACCGACGGCAUCCAGGUCAGCCACUCCCGGCACGUGAGCAUCCUCAACACCACCAUCGGCACCGGCGACGACUGCAUCUCCUUGGGGCCCGGCACCUCGGACAUGCUCAUCAGGGACAUCAAGUGCGGUCCGGGCCACAGCAUCAGCAUCGGGAGCCUGGGAUGGCAGGACGGUGAGGAGGGGGUGAGAAACCUGACCGUGGACAGGGCGGUGCUGAAGGGCACGACCAACGGCCUGCGGAUCAAGACGUGGGCGAUGCCCAACUCCGGCUUCGUCAAGAACGUCUCCUUCUUGCGGGUCACCAUGAACCGCGUGGCCAACCCCAUCCUCGUCGACCAGAACUACUGCUCCCGCAAGGGCGACUGCCCGGGCAAUAGCUCGGGGGUGCAGAUCAGCGACCUGUCGUACACGGACAUCAAGGGCUCGUCGGCGACGCCCGUGGCGGUGAAGUUCAACUGCAGCGGCACCAACCCCUGCAGCGGGAUCAAGCUCAGGAACAUCAGGCUGAGGUACCGGCACCAGCGGCCGGCGCAGGCCAAGUGCCAAAACGCCGGCGGGUCCGCGUCCGGAGAGAUGGCGAAUCUUGGUGUAAAAUCCGAUGGUUCUAAUUUGUGA